AUGGACUUUUUUUCACAGGAGCUUCAGAGGUUCAAGUCUGGAAAGAUUGCAGUGAAACCCAUUCUUGACUGGGAGGUAGAGACAGGUCUGCAGUCUGUAGACGAGGCUCCGCCAGAGGAGCACUGCCACUGCUAUAAGAGACUCAUCCCAGACCUUAACUACAACCUGAAGAUUGAACAUGUCUCUCUGUACACCGACCUCCUGAAGGGACAGGCUCAGCUUGAUCCAGUACUCAGCAGAGCACACCAGCAAUUUAUGGUCCAGCUCCAUAAAAAGCUGCGCCACACCAACAUCUACGAGCGUAAUGUUGAAUGGGGACGGAAAGGCCUGAACUCCAAACACAAUCGCUCACACCAGUUCUACAUUGAGCGCAUCUCCUCCCACUUUCAAAGAACUGUUAUCAACUCCCUUAACAAAGUAAUGAAGGUCACCAAAACUCAACGCCCUUUUGACACAGUGAGGAGACAAGCUGUCAGAGUGCAGAUACAGGGGGAGAUACAGUGUCACAUUAACUAUGGACUCCAUCUGGGGAAAGGCUGUACUCUAAGGCAGGCUUUCCUAGCUGAUGUGAAGAAGGCGGUGGAGCAGUCGGAAAGCAGACUCAUCCUCCUACAGGGACCACCAGGCUGGGGAAAGAGCUCCACCAUGGCUGCAGUAGCACAGCUAGCACCCACUUGGCUAUCUGGAGCUGUGAGGAUAUUGGUGCACUUCAUUGGCUUCACUGGAGAGAGCAGGAAUAUUCGACUGGUCCUGCAGAGUCUUUGUGUGCAGCUUGCUGAAGCCUACUGUCCCCACACACAGCUGUCAGAGGGCCUCCGUCAGCUGAUCUAUGAGUUCCACUCUCUGUUGGGCCUGGUGGGAGCAGAGAGGCCCCUGAUGGUCCUGCUGGACGGGUUAGAUGAGCUGUCUGAGGAACAUGGUGCAGACCUCUCCUGGAUCUCAACUCCUCUACCUCCAAAUGUCCACCUCAUCAUAUCUGCAACCACUGACUCCCCCUGCAUUCACACGCUGCACUCCGUUCAUCCCACAGUCCUGUCCCUCCCUCCACUCCGUCCUGAUGACAUCACAGCAGCAUUAGAGACCAAGCUGCAGAAUGACCAGCGGUGUCUGCAGGAGCAGCAAUGGCAGCUGCUAGUCCAGGCUUGUCUCUCCUGUCCCUGCCCGCUGUACUUGGAAGCAGCUUACUCUGAGAGCAUGUUCUGGACCUCCUACUCCCCCCAGGCCAGCCUAAGCCUUCCAACUAGCCUGGAGGGCCUUUACCUCAACGUGCUGGCUCGCCUGGAGAGAGAGCUGGGGAGGCAGCUGGAGCUACUGGACCUACUGGCCCAAGAUGUGAAGGUGCUCCUUGAAGUGACCUCAUAUCGUUCCUCUUCCAGCCACCCCAGGGUGCCUUAUGUCUUAUGGACUCGACUGAAACGUGACCUCGGUAGUCACCUAACUGAGGUCAGGACAGAUGGGACGUGGGUGUACCGCUGGACGCAUUCUGAGCUGAGCCGUGUGUGCGUAAAGCACUAUUUAAAAACGGAUGAUUUUCGCAUGGCUGUGCACGCAGACUAUGCCGACUACUACAGAGACAGGUCGCAGCACACACACAUAUUUCAGCCACUGGCAUGGACACUGGAUGAGGAAGAGGAUGGUGAAGUUAUUACUAAAAGUUACAGAUUCAAUCUGAGGAAGCUUCACGGGUUACCCUACCACCUGGUCCUCUCAAGCCAAAUCCUGCCCUUCCUGUCUGAAUGUAUUUUCAACUAUGAGUUCCUGCUACAUAAGGCCUGGGGUCUGUCUGUCCUGGACAUCGAGGAGGACCUGAAGAAGGCUGUGCUGCCAGACAAGGUGCUGGUGGAUGUGGAGGUGCUGUCCGGUGCUCUAGAAAUGUCCAGAGCGGUGCUGCUGCAGGACCCCUGUCAGCUGGCCUCCCAGCUUAUGGGUCGACUGGGGCAGAUGGUUAGUGAGGACCGCCCUAUUGCUAAAGGUGACUCGCUGAGGUUCAGCUACCUCCAUGCUCUACUGUCUCAGUGUACCCAGUCCUCCCUGCCUGUGUUGCUGCCGUCCUCCACCUACUUGCUGCCCCCAGGAGACCUCCAACACACCCUGCUGGCAGGUCACUUGACUAAUGUAACUGCCCUGGGAGGGGGGCAGAGAGGACCCUUGUGUGUCAUCAGUGAAUCACAUGGAAGCCUGAGGUUCUGGGAUUUGGAGCAGAGGCAGAUCACAAGGAGCCUGGAUGCGGCACAGGGAAUUGUGGGAGAUUCAGUCACCCUAGGUCUGGAUGAUAGGAUGCUUAUAGUCUGCAUGGGACAACGUCUGCAGGUGAGAGAGGUUGAAUCGGGGCGAGUCGUGUACUCUGAGAGCGACUCAGUGGAUGUUCCCAUAGUCACCACCACUUGUGAAGGACGGCUGCUGGUGGUCUUCUAUGACGGAAGUCAUCUAGUCAAGGUUUUUGACUUGGCCUCCUCCUGCUCUCUGCUGCACUGUGCUAACAUUUCCCUGGAGCGGGACGCACUCCACAAAGACCGCUCCAUUCUGCUGUCCAACAAUUCCACUCUAGACUACGUCCUCUUUGCCUACAGGUCUGGUGGUGAGGCAGCAGUAUUCAGUGCCAGAGGGGGCGCUGUGCUGUCCGUCCUAUCUGCUCAGCAUGAUGCUGCCUCUAUACAAGCUGUGGAAAUGACUGAAGACUACCUGCUGCUCUUCUGCAGAUACCCAUACAAGUGUGGCAGUGAAAUCAUCCACAUCCAACUCUUCAGCACUGUGUCAUUCCUCUACUUGCGGACUAUACUGGGCUGCAGCCAGGACCGUAUUUCUCAGAUCACCGUGAACCGGGCAGGGACGCACGUCGUGGCCUUUUGCCCCUCCCCCCUUACCGGCAUCACUGAGCUGGUCACCUGGAACCUGGAGACAGAGGACCACAAACACAUUGCUCGCUUCCCUUCAGUACUGAGCAAAGGCCUGUGUUUUGAUCUGCGCUUCUGCAUGGGGAUCUGCAAUGGAGAGAAGUACCUUCACCUGUGGGAUCUGACCUCCAGGAUCAGUGACCAGGCUCUUACCUAUAACAUCCAUAAGCUCAGGAGUCAGGGCACAGAGGAGAUUGUCCCUAUGGGGAAAACUCAGAGGUAUGCUGUGUGCCGCUCCAUCAGAGCUGGGACGGUGUAUGUGUGGAACUUGACCAGGCGCCGUUUCGCCUGCCGACCAGUCAGAGUGGAGCACGGCCUUUACAGCAAAACUGAUAUGGUGCUCGCCCAUGACUUCAAACUUUACAUCUUUACAGACAGAAGCACAAACAGCUGCAUGGACGCCCCUUCGUAUUCAUUCCAGACUCUUCUGGUGUAUGAUUUGAUUAAGCGGAGCUAUGUGAGGAGACAGACAGGGAUCACAGUUAUUGCUUAUCCUCAGCAUGAGUACCGUCUUCUGGAGAAUGGAAAGACUCUUCUGGGCCUAUCAGAGACCAGAGAUCAUCUGAUCCUUUGGGAUCUAGACUCUGGCUCCAUCAAACACGAGAUCAAACCAUCCCGCAGAGAGUCGCUCCUGUGCAGCAGCACGGUCCAAGACCUGCAGCCUGAUGUGACACCACGCAGAGAGACAACAUUGAUGCCAUGGGACAUUCGAACAGAGAACAAGUCUGCAAAGAAGAGGAGCCUGGAGAGAGAGGCACAGAGGGAGAAAGAGGCCAAAAGGAGGCUGGACAGAGAGAAAUACAACUCUAUAGACCAGUACCUCCUCAGUGGAGAUGAACAGGUGGUGGUGUGCGCUUAUUUUGCUCAUCACCUCAAUGUCUUCAGCGUGGUCUCGCAGGAACACCUCCACACCCUGGAGGAUAAAACAUCGCUGCUGAGCCUCCACACUGCAGCUGUUACUUGCACUGGCAGCCACCUGGUGCUGACCAGCUACAACCAAGAGCAGAGGAACCCUUACAUCACCCUGUGGGACCUGCACAAAGGAACGGUGGCGAAAAGACUGAGGUCUGAGGCUGGAGUUUGCUGCGUAGCUAUCACAGACAACGCAGAGAGAGUUGUCUUUGGGGUCACAGGAAGCAACAGACUGAAGUUGUGGGAGCCCUUCAAGAGAAAGUGCAGGAGCAUCUGUGGCUAUGGAAACCUGACGAUAGAAGUCUCCAGUAAGCUUUACGUGACAGAGGGAGGAACCAGAGCCAUCCUGCUGUCAGGACAGUUGAGCCUGUGGAACCUGGAGGCAUGCAGCGUCCUGUCUGUACUGUCCCUGGAUGCACAUGUCCGCUGUAUGAGGCUGCUUCCUGGAUGUCAGAUUUCCGUCCUGCUUGGCCUCAGUCACAGCCCUGCCCUCAUCAGCGUCAGGUUAACAUCCAGCGCUGACAGCUCAGCAACUCAAGUCUGUCAACAUGGAGACCUGUUUGGUGAGUCCAGUAGCAGCGAGGAAGAGGAGGAGGACUUGUGAACAUUGCGCAUUUUACAGCUCUUCCUUCGUAAUGAUUGAAAGGUCUUUUGAUUGAGCCAGUGGAUGUCACCAAGAAGGUAUAGCCCGAUGGUCAUGUGAUCAGCUUCAUGUAUGAACACUUUCUUCCUGAGCUGGCAUGUGACAUUUCAUAGCUGUGUGAAGAAGUAUACAGAUUUUACAGCCAAAAGACUGAUU